UUCCCCGGGUCUUGCAGAGAUGGGUGCGGGGGAACGCAGCGCAACCCGGGGCCUGCGGGGCCGGACACACGCACGCUGAACUCACACACCAACGGGCGAAAAAAGUGGCAGCAUCGGGGCAGUAGCCCGGGAGAGGGGGGAGGGGGCUGGGGAAGCUUAGGGUCCGCUCGCAUUUCACGUCUAGGUUUGUCCCUGUUUGGCAUGAUUUGGUGACGGGCUCCAGACUGGGUGUAUCUGGGGGCAACAAGACCCGGCUGAGUCUCUUACACCUGCCGCCUGGAAGGUCUGCUAGCCGCCUGCUGAGGAGUGUGUUAGGCUUAGUUAGACCCGUAGAGAUUAGGGGUAUCGGGCACAUUGACCCCGGGGCUUUCCCUUUUAGGGCCCCGUGUGGCCCCCUAUGUGGGAGUGUUAGUAUCAGUGUGGGUGGGUCCUACUUCCAUGGACGAGUGUUGAUCCAAAUUGAGGGGCAUCCUAUCCCCCUCUAACAUAGGCCUUUCUGAGACCUACCCCCAUUCCGCCGGCUGUGGCUCCGUCUCCCAGCUUGGUGGCCCAGGGGCCCGCAGUGUAAGGUCAGCGCUGUCCGAGGCUCCCAGCUUCAGCACCAUUGGCCUGGGACAGCGCCCCAUGGAGCUUCCCAUUAGCUUCCUAUCAGACAGCAGCCGCCCUGCACCAUCCCCAGAGCGGGCAGAGGGCACGGACCUGGGGGACAUAGACCUGGAUGAAGAGCUGGUGCUUCUGGCCACUCAAGAGGACGGCGAUACCGGGCAGAGUGAGGGCCCCACCGAGGAGCCCGGCCUGCUGUCGGUCAUCAGGCAGAAGGACAAGGACCUGGUGCUGGCGGCCAGGCUGGGGAAAGCCCUGCUGGAGAGAAACCAGGACAUGACCCGGCGCUACGAGGAGAUGCAGAGGGAGCUGACGGAGCGCUUGGAGCACCUUGAACAAGAGAAACAUGAACUAAAACGAAGAUUUGAGAAUCGGGAAGGAGAGUGGGAAGGGCGGGUAUCUGAACUGGAGAGUGAUGUGAAGCAGCUACAGGAAGAGCUGGAGAAGCAGCAGGUCUGCCUGAGAGAAGCAGACCGAGAAAAAUCAACCGCUGUGCAAGAACUUUCCGAACAGAACCAAAAACUCUUGGAGCAGCUCAACACAGCCACAGAAAUGGAGAGGCAGCUCUCGCUACAGGUGAACAUUCUUCAGGAAGAAUUCCGUGAGAAAAAUCAGUCUACAACCCAGCACAUUUCACGGCUGGAAAGUCUCCUGGCUGAGAUUAAAAUGCUUUCAGAUCGGAAACGGGAGCUGGAGGAGAAGCUGAGCACCAUAUUAGAGGAGAACGAGCACCUUCAGGGAUUAGUGGAGGAUCUGCAAGACCGAGAAAUAAUUCUUAGCCGACAGAGUUGUGCGAAGGAGCUACAGCUGGGAGAGAGCCAGCUUGAGUUAGAAGAGCUGAAGCAUUCAUACCGGCAGCUGCAGGUGAAAAUGGAGGAGCUGAGAGACGAGAAGAGCCUCCAACAUCUGAACAGCACAAGCACCUCUCUGCUGUCCGAGAUCGAGCAGAGUAUAGAGGCUGAGGAGCAGGAACAGGAAAGAGAACAGUUGCGGUUGCAGCUCUGGGAAGCACAUUGUCAGGUCCGAUCUCUGUGCUGCCAACUCAGAGGUAACGACAGUGCAGAUUCAGCAGUUUCUACCGACUCCUCCAUGGAUGAAUCUUCGGAAACCUCAUCUGCCAAAGACGUGCCAGCUGGGAGCCUCCGUACAGCCCUGACUGAAUUGAAGAGCCUUAUACUGAGUGUCCUGGACACCUGUGAAUCCGCGAGCUCAAGAAAAUCUGAGGAUGAUGGUUUAGAGGAACAGAUCAAACGGACUAGUGAAGACUCCAGAGCACUGCGGGAACUCUUGCAAGGUGAACAAUUGAGAAUGAAGCAAACCUUCAACGAGUUGCAGCAACUUCACGAACAGGUGAAGCUGCUGAGUGUUGAGAUGACUGCCCUAAAGAAAGAGCGAGAUCAUCUGCUGAUGCAGACCCAAAAUACUGAAACACAUGAGCAGUUACUGAAGGCAAUCAGGGACCGGGAUGAAGCUAUAGCAAAGAAGAACGCAAUGGAAAUGGAGUUGGCAAAAUGUAGAGUUGAUUUGAUGUCACUGAACACUCAGCUGUUAGAUGCCAUCCAGCAAAAACUAAAUUUGUCGCAGCAGCUGGAGGCAUGGCAGGAUGACAUGCACAGAGUCAUUGACCAGCAAUUGAUGGACAAACACCAGAAGGAAUGGAACCAAUCUGUAUAUUCCUUCUCCACUGGCCACCAGGUCAAACACUGCAGCAAAGUUACUACGGAGCGGCCAGGAGAGGAGCCCAUUGGGACAGAAGGAAGGAGACUCUUCUCGUUUCUAAAGAAAGCAAAGUGGACGCGCACCAGUAAAGACUGAUGCCGACUGGAGCAUCAUCAUCAUCAUCACUACACGUAACGCCAUUUGUAGGGGAGGUCAUGGUUUAGCUGUAACUCUAAAGGCCAGGAGAAAACAGGCUUCUGGAUAAGGCAGUUUACAGAAAAGCGUUCAUGCUUCACAACACUGUGGGGGGGAAACCUAGCGGUAUCUUAUCUUGUGUUCAACACACGGGUUAAAUCGUAUCCGAGGGAUAAUCAAAACAUUGUCGUGACACGUUCCGUCCUCGAACAUUUAUUUUGCAUUAGAAG